AUGGAAGAAGUUGGUGAACAAUACUUCAAUGAUCUAUAUUCCAGGUCAUUUUUCCAGCAAUCAAGGGAACAUAAAAUACAUUUUGUCAUGCAUGAUGUUCUCAAUGAUUUGGCAAAAUAUGUAAGCAGGGAGUUUUGCUUCACAUUCAAAGAUGAGGAAUCACAUAAUGUAUUGAAAAUGACUCGCCAUAUUUCAUUUUUAAGAAAUCCACGUAAAGCUUCCAAAAUAUUUGAGACCUUGCAUAAUGCUAGUAGAUUACGAACAUUCCUACCAUUAAGCAUGACACCAUAUGGUAUUACAUGGAAUAGUUGGAUGUCUAGCAUAUUAAUGCACGAGUUGUUCUCAAAGUUUAAGUUUUGUCGUGUCUUGUCAUUGUCUGGUUGUUCUUUUGAGAAUGAGUUGCCUGGCACCAUAGGAAAUCUCAAGCAUCUACGUUAUUUAGACCUUUCUGGUACUUACAUAACAACGCUACCUGAUUCAGUGUGUUCUCUCUAUAACUUACAAAUACUGAAGUUAAAGAAUUGUCGGUAUUUGGAAGAGUUACCCUUGAAUUUAUAUAAACUCACUAAGUUGCGCUAUCUUGAUUUUAGUGGAACUAAAGUGAGAAAUAUGCCGAUGGAUGUGGGAAAACUAAAGAAUCUUCAAGUACUGAGUUCGUUUUAUGUGGACAAAGGUUGUGAGGCCAAUAUACAACAACUAGGAGAACUCAAUCUUCAUGGCGCGCUAUCAAUUUCAAAGGUGCAAAACAUUAUCAAUCCUGCUGAUGCAUUGGCAGCAAAUUUGAAAAAUAAAGUGCACCUUCUGAAGCUAGAGUUAGAAUGGAAUGCAAACAGUGACGAUUCAGAGAAAGAAAGAGAAGUGCUUGAGAAGCUGCAACCUUCCAAUCACUUGAAGGAGUUGUCAAUACGAAGCUAUGGUGGUACACGGUUUCCAGAUUGGUUUGGAGAUAAUUCAUUGUUCAAUGUGGUGUCCUUAAAGUUGAGUAAUUGUGAAAAUUGUGUUUUAUUACCUCCACUUGGAAUUUUGCCAUCUCUCAAGGAGCUGCGGAUUAUAGGGCUAUCUGGGAUAGUGGUGAUUGGUAGUGAUUUUUAUGGGAAUAAGAGUAAGUCUUCUUCGCCAAUUAUUCCAUUUGCAUCCUUGCAAACCAUAAUAUUUGAGAAUAUGAAGCGAUGGGAAGAAUGGGAUUGUAAUAUCGUGACCGGUGCUUUUCCGUGUCUCCAAGAGCUCUCUAUAAAAAAUUGUCCAAAUCUAAAAGAGUGUUUGCCUGAGCAACUUCCUCGUUUAAGGACGCUUGAAAUUUCUAAUUGCAAACAGCUAUUGGCUUCUGUUUUAUUGGCUCCAUCCAUUCAUCAAUUACAUCUAAAUAAUUGUGGAAAACUUCAAUUUGAUUAUCACCCAUAUACUCUGAGAAUUCUCAAGAUUGGUGGAAGAUGCAUGGAAGGAUCAUUGCUUGAAUGGGUUGGGCACACCUUAUCACACACCUCUCUUGAAUCAUUGGUAAUUGAGGAUUGCCCAACUAUGAACAUUCCCCUAGAUUGUUCCAACAAUUUCCUUAUAUUUUUGUCUAUCUCUAGUAGUUGUGACUCUCUACAUACCCUUCAGCUGGAUUUCUUCCCAAAACUACAGUCGCUCAAAUUGCGAAACUGUAGUAAUCUUGAAAUGAUUUCACAUGAGCUUGAGCAUGACCAUAGCCUUACACGAUUGACAAUUACGGAGUGUCCUAAAUUUGUAUCAUUUCCCAAGGGAGGAUUCUCUGCACCUUGUCUUAAGCAUUUUGAUCUUUGCAAAUUGGAGACUUUAAAAUCAUUGCCCGAAUUCAUGCAUACUCUAUUUCCAUCUCUUACUGACCUUACUAUAACAAACUGUCCACAACUGGAGUCAUUUUCUAAUGGAGGUUUGCCAUUGAGCCUAAAACGCAUGCGUCUCAUCGGAUGCUCCAAAUUUCUUAUUGCCUCAUUGAAAUGGGCUUUGGGAAUCAACACUUCUCUAAAAAGUCUGUACAUUGAAAAUGUGGAUGUCGAGUCUUUUCCUGAUCAAGGGUUGCUUCCCCUCUCUCUUACUUCAUUGUAUAUCUAUGGUUUUCCGAAUCUUAAAAAACUUAACAACAAAGGUAUAAGCCACCUCUCCUCUCUUGAAGAAGUGCAUCUUGCUGACUGCCCCAUUCUCCAAUGCUUACCAGUGGAGGGUCUACCUAAAUCCAUUUCAACUCUAGAAAUUAGGCAUUGCCGGUCACUCAAACAACGAUGUAAGAAACCUGAAGGUGAAGAUUGGGCGAAGAUUUCUCACAUUCAAAGUGUGAUGAUCGAUGGCGACAUAAUAACUUGA